AUGAAGUUGUUUCCUGUGGCUGUUCUCCUUGUCUUGCCUGUUGUUGCUCAUCUGGCCUCAGGGAAGAAGCUCCGCUGGUGUACGCUUUCCCCCCUGGAGCAGAAGAAAUGCGCUGAGCUCUCCAAAGCCCUUCUGUCUACUUUGCCGCCUGUCUCCAGCAGUACUUUGAAGAGGGUUUCUUGCAUCCUGGCCCACAACACUUACGACUGUAUCAAUAAGAUUCGGGAGAAUAAAGCUGAUGCAGUUUCUUUGGAUGCCGGAGAUGUGUAUUCUGCUGUAAAGCUUUAUGGCUUGACUGUGGUGGCCAAGGAGAUCUAUUUGGAAGGUAGCUGUGUAUUUGCAGUGGCUGUGGCCAAGCGUGGGAUGCUGGAUCUCCAAAGGCUCAAAGGAGUCCGAAGUUGCCAUAAUGGAGCUAGGUGGACUUCAGGCUGGAGCAUUCCCAUGGGCUUCCUCUUAGCUAGGAGUGAUCUGAUGUGGGUCUCAGGCCAGUCCCUCAGCCAAGCAAUCAGUGGUUAUUUCAAUGCCAGCUGCAUCCCUGGCAUCGGAGCUACCUAUCCUAAGCUCUGCGCUCUCUGCCAAGGGCCGAAGUCGUACAUCUGGGACAAGAACCACUUCUGCGAGGCUAGCCGUCGCGAACCCUUCUACGGCUCGGAGGGUGCCUUCAGGUGCCUGACGUUGGGGCUGGCGGAUGUGGCGUUUGUGGAUCACCUCACAGUCAUAAGUGCUACAGAGUUGGAACGGGAAGAUUUCGGCGAUCAGGGCCUGCUUGCUGCCUGGGUCCAAGGACUUGUGAUCACUGGCUUUGGUUCCCAGGACCUGUUUGGAAAGGGCGGAAAAGAAAAAGGCAGGUUUGAGCUCUUUGCGUCUGCACCGUUCAGAGGGAGGGACCUGCUGUUCCACGAUGCCACUCAGCACCUGCGGCUGCUGGCAGAAGAGACCGAGAUCACCCAGGUUCUUGGCCUCGACUAUGUCGCCCUCCUGCAGGGUUUGGGACAUGAAGGGAGCUCUCUGUCCAACAGCCUGGUGCGCUGGUGCUGUAUCAGUGACCUGGAGCUCCGUAAAUGUGAGGAGUGGGCUCUGAAUGCCAGGUCUGACCCCCUGGUCUGUGUCCAGGCAGACUCCAUGAUCAGCUGCAUUGAGCUCAUCAAGAAAAACGAGGCAGAUGCUGUCACGCUGGACGCCACCCACGCGUACUUUGCGGAGAUCUGCACGCUCGCCCCUGUUGCGGCAGAGUGUUAUGGAGAAGGAUGUGCUCCCACAAGGGUGGAACCGGAGACGUUGGCCCACGUUGGGGGUCUUCCUCCAGUCUAUACCGUCGCCCUGGUGAGAAAGGCUAACCAUCAAGUAAACCGGUACACCCUGAGGGGAAAGCGCUCCUGCCACAGCCACGUGUACAGCCCAGGAGGGUGGCUGCUGCUUUCACAGUACACCGUCGGGGCCCCGGAAAAUGGCAGCUGCAGCUGCAACCUCACCUCUGCAUACCAGAAUUUUUUUUGGAAAGGCUGCAUGCCAGGAGCCAGUGGAAAUCUGUGCAAAGUGUGCAUUGGACAAGAGGGGAGAGGCAAGGGGUCUUCCAGGUGUGCAGCUAAUCAUCAUGAACGGUACUAUGGCAAUCUGGGGGCCCUCAGAUGCCUCUUGGGUGAUCCCGCUGGAAGAAGCUUCGGUGAUGUGGCUCUCUUGGAACAUUAUAACCUACUUCAGAACAUUGACUACCUGAAUAGCUCAGGAUGGGCCACCGGCUACGCUCUCAGGGAUUUUGAACUCCUUUGCCCAGACGGGAGCCGAGCAGCCAUAACAGCUUGGAGGACCUGCAACCUGGGCUGUGUUCCUCCCAGCGUUGUGGUGACCCGGCCAGUUACUGUCACUAAGGUCCAUGACUUCCUGGCAAAGUCCCAGGAAUCAAUCAAGAACAGCCAUUUUCAGCUCUUUGAAUCGCUGAGAUAUGGGGGAAGUGACCUGCUUUUUAAGGAUGCUACUCAAGGCCUCGUCUUCACAGGCCAGUUGGACUUCAAGUCGAUUCUUGGGCUGUCUUUCUUUCAGCUUGCCCAAUCCGCCUUCAGUUGCACCUCUGCAGGUAUCCUAGACUUUUGCAAGCUGGAUACUUGUACCUCUUCCACACAACCUUGA